AAGAGGGCAGACUUGAGAGUAGCAACGACACACAUUUCUGCUGUUACUGUUGAAGCGGAGAGCAACAUGCCGCGGACACGAUCCACUAAAAUGCAUCUAUUGCUGAUGAUGAUCAUGGGUUGUUCGGUGAUGACAGCUGCUCAGCACGUCUGCGACCCUCUAACUCAAUCUGAGAAGAAUGGGAUGUGCUGCAAAAUGUGUGGUCCAGGGACCAGAAUGUCGUCCGGCGGUACUUGUCUGGAUCCUCAGUGCACAGAAUGUGGAGACAAUGAGUAUCAGGAUAAAUACACAACUGAAUCCAUGUGUCAACGUCAACCAUACUGUGACCUACAUAAGAACUUUAAUGUUAAUGUCCAAAAGAACAAGAAGGAACGAAGCACCUGCAUGUGUAAAGAGGGAUUCCACUGCUCAAGUGGAGAGUGUAUAACCUGUGUGCCACACACAAUCUGUAAACCAGGACACGGAGCUCGAUCCAUAGGCAACCACACGCAUAACACGGUGUGUCAGAAAUGCACAGAGGGCACAUUUUCUGAAGAAAACUCAUGGGGCUAUGUCUGUAAGGAAUGGACAAAAUGUAUGGAUAGAUACCAUGUUAAAACAGAAGGAACAGACGUGUCUGACAACAUCUGUGAGGAAACCUCACGGUCACAUAUUGUGAUCGGAGUUGUGUGUUCUGUGAUCUUCCUUGGGGUUAUAGCUUGUGUUUGCUGGUUUUGUUUUUGCAGAGAAGACGCAAAAAGAAAAGUGAAGGUCUGUUUUGAAUCAUGUCUGGGCGACAAAAAGGAGCCACUGAGAGAAACCAAAGUGCUGAAAAUGAACCCAACUGAUCCUACUGAGGAAGUGUCCAUGAUGCACGAGCUGCAGUCCUCUCAAGAGGAGGCUGGCGUGAGGACACCGGAGGAAAACGAGGAUGAGCUGAGCCAGGAGGUGUUACCAGAUUUAGUUCUCAGUGAAAAUGGAAACUAUGUGACUCAGGAGAAUGGGAAAUCGUCCAUCCUUUCUCGACAGGAAUCACAAACGCAGACAUUCACAGUCUGAAAGCAGCUGAUCAUUGCUGAUAGCAUGUAAUUACUAACCUGUUGUGUAAUGUUGCCCUAUGUUUCUGUUGUACAUAGUUUCCCCCUUAUGAUGUAUAUAGCUUUAAGUGUUUACAGUAUAAUUAACUCAUUCUCUAAUAAUGGAGUUGUAGUGUAACUACUUUAGAAAGGACAUUCUACUGCAGUUUAUGGCAUAUGUUAUAAGUAUUUCUAUACAUUUUGUCAUUGUAUUAUAUGUCUUGUAGAUUGCAUAAUUUGAAAAAAUACAUAAUUGUACAAAGUUCUGUUAUGGGGAUAAUUGUGCAUGGAAAAAGGCGUGUAAUGUAAAAACAUUUGAAUUUGCAUUAAAAUGCACGCCACUUGAAUGUCAA